GCGUUCCCAGUUACUAGUACGACUGUCCCGUUGUAUCGCCUCGAUCUGAGAUGAGCUUCAUCACAUAUCUAGAUGUCUCCCUCACCAGGCCAGGGUCCGAAUCCGAAGUGAGGCAGACAGGUAGCUUCAGGAUCCGGGCAUGGCUUGCGCCUAUCUGCAUACGCCCAUGUCAGUGACGCCGUGUCCUCGAUUCUCCACGCCUCCGUCUACGUGCAGAUCAUGCACAUGACGAUACCCCGGGAGUUUUGGGGAUGCUUACAACUUGGAAAUCAAGUGCACCCUGGGCGAAAGUUUGGGUUGGGCCGGGCAGCAAAACCCAAAAUACAACCAUCCUUACGUCCUAAAUUCAAGUGAUAUGGCUCUUUGACUCGCCGCUGUCCUACGGAUAUCUGUGUUGAUCCGCAUCGUGUAUCGAAUAGAGUUCCUCCUGCCACACCUUCUUGGACUUGCGGCCAGGCCCUUCGAUCUGGGAUUAUGAUUCGGAUCAGACCUCUUAUGGCGCGGCUGCGAUCCGUGCUGUUCAAGAUCUUCAUCUUGGGGACAGAGUGGCCUGUUCAGUUGCACGUUGUCCCAUCCAGAGAAACGACGAGGCUCUCGCUCAUUAGCAUCGCCGAUUGGCGCAGGUCAUUCUGCGGUCGGGUUCUCACGUCCUACUGGACUCUCCCUGCAAAGCUGUGUGGAUCAUCCUUCUCCCUCCUCCUUUGAGUACUGGUCUUUACCACCUGGGCGCAAGUUGGGGUGGCAUAAUAGAGCCGGGAAACAACCCCAUGGAAUUUGGGUCGAUAGUACUUGACGGAUUUCUGGGCCUUGGUGGCGUCUGCGUGCAAUGGGCUGCAGGCGCUUAUGCAGGAGAGAAAGCCUUGUUGGAAUCGCGCUCACAUGAAUGGACGGAGGUUCAAGGAGGAAAAGUAACAAGGUGCAGCGCAUGCUUGCUGGCAGUAUCAUUCUGCGCGCCCCGUGCAAUCGCUCACCGCUGACUGCGGGUGUUGCUAGUGGUGAUCUGUUGGUUUCUGCUAGAGUCACGACCUGUACUGUCACAGCUGUGACAGGAUCAGAAUGUCAGCAGGAUGUCAUCAACUUGAAGUUCAGGUUGAGGCAGCUCGUGCCCAGUGUAGCCCGAGUCUGCACGAUGCGACCUGCACGCCAGCUGCGUCCAACUGAACGAGUGCCAGUCCCUUCAGCCUUGAGCGCAGCUGGUGCUAAUGCUUGAGACCGAGUCCCAUGUCAUCAUUUACCAAGUGUCU